CAGGUUCCUAUUGAUCUUCCAUGCUUCUGUUCUUCCUCAAAGCAGUGUUUGGCUCUAGCCUUUUCGUUCUGCUUUUCAUGGCUAAAGGACCUCUGAUAGGAUUGCUGGCCUGGACUCUGCCCAUGCAGUUGGCUGGCACAUGUCUCCGCUGCUGGCCAGAUGCUGUAGUGAGCUUUGGCUACGAUGCCAAUCUGCUGCUUGGUCAGGAUUCAGAAGCCGCUCGGAGCCUGGUGAACAUCUUCCUGGGCGACACUACUUCCAAUGGCAGAAGAUAUUUGGAACGAGAUCACAUGGAGCGUGAAGCUGGGCAACUCUUUCGUCGGAUUGAAAAUAUUAUUUCGACAAGAGGAAAAGAACAUGUGAUAGGUGCAGCAGAGGAGGAAAAAAAGAACUUUGUCAAGAAAUUGGAAGAGGCAUCCAAUGCCUUUAUGAAGCAACUCUGCGGCCUUUCCUGCGCCAAGUCUCGCUUUCGGCCCUAUGAAGUGGCUCACUGCAUUGACUGCCAGGUUAGCAACGUUUUUUGCAAUGACCCUGUAGUAUGUGCAGGGGCUAACGUUCUGGCAGGAGUGCUGGUGACAUUUUUCCUCUUGCUGGGCAUAGGCGGUGGGGUUUGGUACUACCGUCGUAAGAAAAAGGCAGAAGAAGAAGAGGAGAAAGAAGAUGAGGACAAAGAGGACGAGGAGAAAGAAGAUGAGGACAAAGAGGACGAGGAGAAAGAAGAUGAAGACAAAGAGGACGAGGAGAAAGAAGAUGAGGACAAAGAGGACGAGGAGGCUUCAGAGAGUUCCAAGAGCAAUGAGGAGUCGGAAGAAUCCAAAGCAAAAAAGCCACCAGCCUCAAAUAUCCCAAGCCCUCCACCAUUCGACAUCCCAAGCCCUCCACCAUUCGACAUCCCAAGCCCUCCACCAUUCGACAUCCCAAGCCCUCCACCAUUCAACAUUCCAAGCCCUCCACCACUUCCAGGUACUAGAUAUUAAAUUGUUUACCACCGUAUUUUCUCUGCAUCAGCUGUGUCAUGCAAUACGUAUCCUGCUCUUUCUUUGUGAUGUAUUAAGCUAAACCCACCUCAUUUUGUAUCAACACAGGGGGUAUUUCAGACAGACUGAUAAUUUGAAAACUUUUUCCUUAGAGCUUACAGACUAGGGAUAGUGAAGAGAUUUUCCCACCUUUCCUCCUGACAGAUCAGAACUUGGGUGGCCUUCGUCCCUCAUACCGUAGGUGAGAGAGGGACGUCUUGCUUUGUUUUUCUUGGCCGAAUUUAAGUGAUACCAAAAACCUGUUCCAGCCUCAGCUCACAGUCCUUGGUCAUAAUCUGGUGUGUCUGUGAUGUUGUGGACAUGAGCCACAAACAGAAUAAUCCCUGACAAAAACUCCACAUCACUCUAAUGACAACCCCAAACCAUUACAUUUCAAACAGAUGUAACUAACACAUUGUCAUGGCAUCCAAAUGAGAUGUGAAUGUAUAGACCAGCCCUCAAACCACGCUUCUGACAUGCUGUCAGGAUCCAACCAACUCAGAAAAGAACCAGCCCUGCAAUUGUACACAAAGGCUUGGUACAAAAGUACUCCCAAUCCCAUGUAUUCCCCAGAUCAAAGCUCUGCCUACAAGAUCUUUCCCACAGCAAAAAAGUGAGAUUUCAGCCUUAUUAGACAUCUUUAUGAAAAGGCCUGGUGUGAAACUCUGAAAAGUAGAGUAGUAGUACAUAGAGGAUAUAGAUCUUGAGGUUGGGGAAUAAAAUGGGGGUAAAGAGAUACUUGUGAGGCUAAGCUACAGGAUGAAGAGUAGUGUUGUGGCUGAUUUGGGGUAGCAUUGCAUGUAGCGGUAGGGAAGGAUGGGCAUAUAUUUGAACAAAUGGAGAUGUAUAUACCCUGUUUCCCCUAAAUUAAGACAUCCCCGAAAAAUAAGACCUAGUAGAAGUUUUGCUGAAUUGCUAAAUAUAAGGCCUCCCCUGAAAGUAAGACCUAGCAAAGUUUUUGUUUGGAAGCAUGCCUGCUGAACAGAACACCAAAGCAUGCAGGAUUGGUAAAUAUACGUACAAUAGAUUGUUGUACAUGGAAAUAGUGGUAGUAACAAGAAAUUCUUGAUAGGAUUCACAGUUUGUCUGGUUAUGCUGGUUUGUGGUGACAACUACUGUACAGUAUAUAAUAAAUGUUCAUUUUUUGUUCAACAAUAAAUGUGAAUUCUUCUCCAUGGAAAAAUAAGACAUCCCCUGAAAAUAAGACCUAGCACAUCUUUGGGAGCAAAAAUUAAUAUAAGACACUGUCUUAUUUUCGGGGAAACACGGUAUAUGGGAGUAUAUGGAGAUUGGUGAAUAGGGGAAGACUGCUGUGUCUAUGGAUGAAAUGUGGAGCAGCUGUAUGAUGGAGAUGAGGCAGCCUAUUAGCGACUCUGAUCGAGAUUCAGUUGUGAUGUCUUAGUUUGAAUGUUGAGUUCAAAUCCUUGCUUGGCUAUGGAAGUCCACUAGGUGACCUGGGGCAAAUCACACUCCUCAGCCUCGGAGGAAAGAAAUAAUAAACCCCUCUGAACAAAUCUUGCCAAGAAAACCCCAUGAUAAGUUCAUCUUGGGGUCACCAUAUGUCAGAAACAAGGGCAUGCAACAAGGUGUCCAUGGUGAUAUAGGCUUUAUACUUUUAAGUCUCUAAUUUACUUAUGCAUUCAGUGGAUAAAUGAAAGAAAAAUCAGCAGGAGUGAGCAGAAUCAACAACGCAACAUGCAAUAUGUUCUUCCCACAUAUGUGUGCAUAUAUACAGUAUAUACUUGUGUCAUGAGCAACUUGAGAAACUGCAAGUCGCUUCUGGUGAGAGAGAAUUGGCCGUCUGCAAGGACAUUGCCCAGGGGAUGCCUGGAUGUUUUUACCAUCCUUGUGGGAGGCUUCUCUCAUGUCCCCCACAUGGAGCUGAAGCUGAUAGAGGGAGCUCAUCCAUGCUCUCCCCGGGUUGGAUUCAAACUGGCAACCUUCAGAUCAGCAACCCAACCUUCAAGUAAUCAGUCCUGCUGGCACAAGGGUUUAACUCACUGCGCCACUGAGGGUUCCAUCUUUAUAUUAACAGAUGGAUUGAUGUCUCUAAUCACUAAAGUUGGAGCAUUUUUCAAAGGUAUAUGAAUGAUUUUGGCUAGCAAAUAUUGGGUAUAAUCAGGAAAUUAUCUAAAAUUGUGUGAACAGCUCUAGGGCAGUCAUAAAACAUGGAAGAUGUUGUGGGGUAGAACGUAGAAACAUAGAAUCCUAGAGUUGGAAGAGACCCAAGAACCAACCAGUGCGACCCCAUCAUGCUGGAACACAUAACCUAAUCAUUCCAGACAGAUGCCAUCCAGCCUGUUAGAAAAUCUUCAGAAAAGGUGACUCCAUCACACUUUCAGGUAGCAUGAUGGCCCUCUAGAUAUCGUACCACAACUUGCCACUAAUUCGGCUUGAUGGGCAUUGCAAUCUAAGGCCACAGGAUCCAGACAAAGGAGCAGUCCUCAUCUUCCCUCAUCUGAGACUUGCCUCCCUUCCUCCCUCAAAAGGACUCCCAGGAGAGGGGGCAAAGACUCUGGGUGCCAUAGAAGAAUUUCCAUUUAUUUCAAUUCAUUGAGAGCAUUUGUUCCUGAUGCAUACCAGAGCGGGUAGGGGAUCAGGACGGCAGGGGAGGGCGGGAGACAGAGCCAACAGGGAGGGCCACACACAGCCAAGAUCACUCUGCCCUGCCCAAACCCACAACACAAUGAUUCUCCAAAGAUACUCAGUGUGGGGAGUCAAAUUGCCCCCUGGCAUGAUUGGUUUUUUGGGGGAGAAGGGCAGGGAGAACUAGGAAACACAACUGCAACAUCUUUUUCUUCUUCAGGAACAGAAGGGAACGGAACAAAAGAUUUAGCGGAGUGUCUUGGGCCGUAAUGAGCAUUAAACAGGAACUGACAACCACAGCAGCAACACAUACACACACGCUCACUCACACACACACACACACACACAUACAAACACAG